AGACAGCCGAAAGCACAACAUGGUGACGAGAAGCAAGCUGAAGCUGGCACUGGCUGCCGAGAAGGGAGUUGACUUUGCAAAGCUGAAGCAGCAAAAGAAGGCAAAGGCAACGGCCAAGAGAAAGGCGCAGCCGAAAAGCGAGGAUGAAGACGCGCUGGACGAGCCGGCUGGGGGUGCUGCAGAUGAUCAAGAAAAGAUGAAUCUUGAUGCCAUCUACGAGAGCGACACCUCUGAAUCAUCAAUUGAGAUGGAGGCGAAACUGCCACGGAAACCAAAGUCCAGUCAAAGCAAAUCUUCACCGGAGGAGGAGGAGGAGGGCGACGACGAUGAAAGCGACGAUGAGGAGAUCCCAGUCUCCGACCUCGAAGAUCUCGAAGAGGACGAGAAAGAAGACAUUGUUCCCCACACACGAUUGACCAUCAACAACACCUCGGCUCUCCUUGCAGCGCUCGACAGGAUAUCGAUCCCAACGGACAAUAGCGUUCCAUUUGCUACUCACCAGUCCAUCGUCUCAUCCGCGCAGACCUCGGAAUCCAUACCCGAUGUCUCGGAUGACUUGCAACGAGAACUAGCUUUCUAUUCCCAAUGUCUGGAGGCGGUGCGCUUGGGCCGAUCUCGCUUGAUCCGGGAAGGGGUACCGUUCUCGCGCCCCAAGGACUACUUUGCCGAAAUGGUCAAAGAGGAUGCUCACAUGGAGAAGAUCAAGGCGAAGCUGAUUGAGGAAGCGUCCGCAAAGAAAGCAGCAGCCGAAGCACGCAAGCUCCGCGACCUGAAAAAGUUUGGCAAGCAGGUGCAGGUCUCCAAGCUUCAAGAGCGACAGAAGGCCAAGCGUGAGGUGCUGGACAAGAUCAAGACGCUCAAGAGAAAACGCCAGGAACACAGCUCCGACGUCGGCACGAAGGAAGCCGACAUCUUUGAUGUGAGCGUGGACAACGAAAUCGCCAAACACUCACAGCGCUCGGGGGCUGGUCGACAACAGUCAGGAAGUCGUGCUCCGAACGCCAAGCGUCAGAAGAAGAACGAAAAGUAUGGGUUUGGAGGGAAGAAGCGCCACGCAAAAUCGGGCGAUGCCAUGAGCUCCGGCGAUCUCUCCAGGUUUAAUGUCAAGAAAAUGAAAGGCAAGGCAUCGCGGCCGGGCAAGAGCAGGAGGAAGGCUGCCGCUUCCAAAUAAAUCAAUGAUUCAAUUCAGCCUUGGCCUCACAAAUCAGUCCGUGAGUAGAGUAUAUAGGAUUUCCAUAAUCGCA